GGGUUACGUCAUACCGGUUGUGCCAGUCACGUGACUACCACGGAAGUCAGGCGGCACCGGACGAGAGCAAACACCGAACUUUCCUGUUUUGUUUUUCCUGUUUCACAACCGUUUAAUAUGAUUUUUAAAAGGUGAAUUAAAUGACGGAACGCGUUUUUCGGCCGCCAUUCUCCGGACCUCCUGCCAGGUGUAAACUGUAGCCUGUUGUUACCGAGAAGAUGAAGAACAACAGCGGCGUUAACGUAGUUCUUGUUAUGGCUUACGGAAGUUUGGUUUUUUUAUUGCUCUUCUUUUUUGUCAAAAGACAAGUUAUGCGGCUUGCCAUGAAGUCUAAAAGAGGACCACACGCGCCCAUCGGCCACAAGGGUCCCAAGAAACUGAAACAAGAAAUCGAAGCCAAACUGAACGAGGUGCAGAAAAUCCACUUUGAGCCUCGCCUGUUGUCUCCAGACGAUGAUCGGCUAAACCGACCUGCUUCCUAUGACUACCUGUUCAGGAUGAAAGCACUGGAUGCCAUCAGAGACACGGAUUUCCCUUUCCGUGAGCUGGGUGGUGCAUCCACCGCUGUGACUGGAGAAAAGUUCCGGAGGUGGCUGCUGAACAUCCGGAACUCCCACUGCAUGUUCAGGGACAGACACAGCGGUCUUGUUGACACAGUGCUGGAUGGCUACACAAAAGCACGGCACGGAGCAGAGGCUUUUGGUGAAGAGGAAUUCUUAAAAUACCAGGAUGCUCUUGUUGAACUGGCUUCCAUUGUGAAGUCUGGCGGCAGCUCCACUGCGAGUCAGCACCACCAGUCUGCAGCCGCGGAUCUGUCCGGCCCCUCUGAGCCUGUGGGCGCCUCGGUGUCUCCCGACCAAACUGCCUACCUCACGUCCUCUGUGCAGCAGCGCAGCAAGAAGCCCAGACACUUCCUGGAGCUGAAGAACUUCAAAGACAACUACAACACUCUGGAUAACAUUGCAUAAUUCAGAAAAAGCUGCCAGUGACGAGUGCCUGCAUAUCAACGUGUCCCUUUUGCCUGAUAGAAAAGAUAAAAACGUUGCCUUCCUAUUUUAACUGCCCGCUCCAGUCAUGUAUAUCGGCUCACUCUUUCUGUGCAUUUUGCCUAAGUGUCACUUAAAGGAUUUUGUAUUAAUGCAUGUUUAAGUGGUGAUAAAAUAUAAGGAGGGUUGAUUUGACCAAAACAUAAACUAUGAGGCUAUGCAAAGAAAUAAGACAAUCAGUACAUAUAUUGCACAAUGUAAGGCCUAUGCACACAUGUUGAGUAUAUUUGUUUAAGAAUUAACAGAGUUUUUAGUAAAUGUAAAAAGCUGUUGCACACAAAUACAAAUGUUUCUGUUACAAAAGCCUUAAUUGUUUUCAGGAACUUUUUUUUUUUUUUAAAUUUAGUUCCAUGUCUAUUUGUUACUUUAGUGCAAUGUUACUAUAACCUAUGAGUAUUUUAGUUAAUUUUGGGGUGUGACCUCAGGGGAGGGUUUUUUUUUUUUGUAUUUUUUUUUUAGGGUACCGUACUUUAUUGCUCAUGUUUGAGACUUUCAUAUCGGAAAUUUUGCAAUUUUUUUUGGUGCUUUUACUGUUCGAAUUGCCAUGUCAAAGUAUAAGCAAAAGCUGCUGCCUUCACAAAAACUGCCUAUAGUGUUCUUAUGCAACCUGAUCAGUAUAAUAAAGAAUCUACUUAA